UUGAGCAAAACGGUACUGCCAUUUAAAUUCCUUUACUUGCAGAGAUGGCAGGUGUCUGCAACAUUAUCAAGACUUGCUAGACUCCCCGGAGUUAUAUAUGGGGGGAAUUCCGCACUGCAAAUUUAUGAAGACUCACACAAAUCUCUCAAAAUGGCUCCCAUGGAAUCGCUAUCCAGCUCACGAAUCAAAUAUACCCGCACAGCCAAGAGAUUUGCUAUUUUGACGGGUGCAACACUCACUCAACGCUCCAACCAAUAUUUGACACGUCGCGGCCUGGUGGUUAACGAUGCGCAAAAAGUGACUCUGGGCAUAAUUGCUGCCUAUGUCGUAGUCAUUGCGCUCCUCUGGAAUAUACCCUACAUUCGCUGGUCGUUAUGGCCUUUUAAAAUGCUCACUAUUGCCUUCCACGAAUUUGGACAUGCCUUUGCGGCAUGUCUAACAGGUGGAAAAGUUAAAUCAAUCUCUCUAGAUCCACGCGAAGGAGGUGUGACGCACAUGGCCGGAGGAAUAAACUUCAUUACGCUCCCUGCAGGAUACUUGGGCUCUUCACUAAUCGGUGCCCUUUUCAUAUUUUGUGGCUUUAAUACAGUGGCAUCAAAAGUAGCCUCACUGGCCCUCGGCGUUUGUUUUCUACUCACACUUUGGUGGGCAAGGAAAGACUGGCUCACUAUACUUACCAUACUAAUGGCUGUCGGACUAAUUGUGUCGUGUUGGUUCAUAGCCCACGCCGAACCUCUGAGAUAUGUGGUUUUGUUCAUAGGAGUCAUGUCAGCUCUAUACAGCGUAUGGGAUAUUUGUGACGACUUGAUUCUUCGAAAAGUGAAUACCUCUGAUGCUAGUGUUUUCGCUCAGAGAUACGGAGGCUCCUCACAGUGCUGGGGAUUUUUGUGGUCUCUUAUUUCCUUAUCUCUCAUGGCUGGAGGGAUUAUAGCUGGGAUUGUCGCAUUUCCAGAAUCAGCCUCCCAGCAAAAGAUUGAUUCCGGAAAAUUUCUCCCUACUCGUUGA